AUGACCCAGGAACUUGAAGAUAACUCAAUUGCACUCCAGGACCGUUUGCUAGGCUGUGGCGUGUUCAGUUGUUCAGACAAAGAGUUGAACGCUCUUUUGAGCCUGCAUUAUAGGACCCAUUACCAUGUAUUUGGCAGUAGCACUGCCAAUAAAGACGUUUUCAAGGUUCUCCUAGGUGAAUUGAACAAAGUUGACCAUCAUAGUCUUUCUAAUUUGGUCAAAAAGAGAAUAUGGGUGAACCUGCAAGGAAUCUUAAAAUAUCAGCUGUCAGACGUGAAGUCAGCACAGCGGUCUUUGGAAGAGGCACAACAGGUGGCACUCGUACCGGGACCAUUUGAAACCUUUUUGCAACUUGAAACUUUAUAUUUCAUUGGAGUGUUGAAAACUGAAGAGGAGACAGUACACCACUAUUUGCAACAUAUCCCCAAGCUUCUCACGGAACUACCGCGCGAAGCACACGCUUUAACGUUUCAUUACUUGGAUUUAAUGGUGGCUAGACUUCAAAUGAACUGGAAUGAGGUGCUCAAGCAUUUGAAGCCCUCUAACGUGACCUACUAUAUCGCGGUCCAAGCAGACUCUGCCGACCAUGAGCAGCAGUUACUCGAGAUUGGAACUAGAUUACUCAAGGCCGCCAAGUUUCCCACCGCUGAAGAGCGAAACGAUUUCGAUCUAGAACAAUUCCAUGUGGUUCUUCAAUACUACUUCCUCAAUCGCGGGUCUCCCAAAGCGGAAUGGCGCAACUUCAUUGUACAAUCUUUGGGUAAAACAUUUCAAAGUCUGGAGGUUUCAAGAACAGCCAUGAUAUAUUUUGGUCUGAUUAAAGAAAAUAAAGAAGCGGUUUUGAAUUUCGUCAAUUUUAUGAGCUAUAACGAGAACUAUAAGCAUCUAAAUGAUGGCCGUUGGCUAGAUAUCGUCUCGAUAUUAGAGAGCUAUAGGUUCAUUGCUAGUCAACCCGGUGAUCUCGAAAUCGAAAAUGUGUUCAGUGUCGAUGGCUUUCUACGCAACUUCAAGACCUUACUUCGCGAGUUUUACGACAAAAUUUCGCUGCCGCUGAUAGAGAGAGAACAAUCUUUGGAUGUGGCCUCAAACGCGACCAGAAUUUUUUUGCCCUCAAAGCUUUUGAGAAUCUUGGCGCAAUCUUGGAAUUGCCUAUAUGAAUACGAGCGCGAGGAUAUAAACAGUUUUUUCCAGUCUUUCCACACAUACUACCUGGCUAACGCAACUGCUGUUGACUCUACUUCUGACACUCUCAAUUUCAACUAUGCUUAUACGUUGGCGCAAAAGCGCGAAAUAGCUCAAGCCAUCAAGUUCAUCAAGAGCGCUAUCCUUGAAAAAGAGCCCGAAAACUAUCGUGCUUGGCAUUUGCUCGCUCUGUGCGAGUCGACGAACGAAGACAAAACAGUUUCUUUCAGGAUAGUGUGCUCGGUACUACAGGCUCUACAACAAGCGCUACAAGAUGGCACGACGUUAUCCACCGCCGAGAGAUGGCAAAUGGUGCAUCUCAAACUGACCCAGCUUAAAAUAACCGUUGAUAUGUUUGGUGUCGAGGACGCCCUAGAGCUUCUUCCCGAGCUCUUUGAACUCCUCGAUUCUGCGUUUCCUCCCGAAAUGACAGAUGGUUGCAACCUAGGUCCUGAGUUCAACAAAAGCAAAGAGUAUCUCCAGCAAACUGUGUGGUUAUUCGUCGUGAAGCUGUAUAUGUGCUGGUCUCCAAGCGACUCCCGAGAAGCUCUUGCAGAGUCCCGCGCUCAAACUACGAAAUUCCAAAACCUCAAUAACGACUUGGCCGAGGGUUACAUGUCUUUGGCCACAGACAAAAAACGGUCUCUUGAGUUGUUCGAGAAAGUAUUAUUCUACGACCCGAUGAACAUUGACGCUACCGUUGGAUUUGCCAAAUGUCUGAUACCGGAUACUGACGAGAACGAGGUGCACAACAUGGCUGUACAGAAAAAAGAUGCUCCCCAAAAUGACGCUUUCAUUGGUGAUAAAGACAAAUCUGCUGCGUUUGCCAGACUCAAAAUUUUACUCGAAGCGAUCAUCGACAAAUCUAUAGACGGUUACCACUCACCAGAACUCUGGUGGUAUUUGGCACAAGUUUACGAGAAUUACGGGGACCGCGAAAGAAUGGAGUCUUCUCUAUGGAACUGUGUCAAGUUCGAAGAACUGCGACCCAUUCGCGAUUUCAAAAUGUGUAAUAUUUAG